GGGGCUGUUGGAUCCGCGAGUAGGGCGCGGAACGCUGGGCGCGGAGCUGCAGGUCAGCUCCUUCCCAGUUCCAACCCCUGGAGCAUCUGGACAGGGCCCACUGCUUAGACCUCUACCUGCACCUUUGCUGAACCAUGUCUCUGCCCAAUUCCUCAUACCCAUGGCCUCUCCACACCCUAUGGCUCUCUCCCAAGUAAAUUUAAGAGUAAAGACUGGAACCAGCAGCAGAUCCCUUGGGAUGCUCUGGGCAUGGCCUCUGGAGCCCCACAACAGAGCAGCCAGAUGGCAGAGGAGACUCCAGGCUUCCUGGACGCAAUUCUCCGUGACUUCCCAGCCCCGCUCAGCCCGGAGAGCCCUUUGCCAUGGAAGGUCCCAGGGACGACACUGAGCCAGGAGGAGGUGGAAGGCGAGCUGAUUGAACUGGCAUUGGGCUUCCUGGGUGCCAGAAAUGUGCCACCAGCUCUUGCUUCAUCUUUGGCCUGUGAGGCAGUGUCCCAGCUGCUGCAGACAGACCUUUCCGAAUUCAGGAAGUCGCCUGGGCAGGAGGAGGAGAAUGACGAUGAGGAGGAAGAGAAGAAGGCCCCUGUGACCCUGCUAGAUGCCAAAGGCCUGGCACUGAGUUUCUUUAACCAGCUCUGGGAAGUGUGCAGUCAGUGGCAGAAGCAGGUGCCGGUGCCCGCCCGGGGUCCAGAGCGGCCACGGCUGAUCUCCAUCCACGCCAUCCGGAACUCUCGCCGCAAGAUGGAGGACCGGCACGUGUGCCUUCCAGCCUUCAACCAGCUCUUUGGGCUUUCUGACCCGGUAGACCGCGCCUACUUUGCCGUGUUUGAUGGUCAUGGAGGGGUGGAUGCUGCCAGGUACGCCGCUGUGCAUGUGCACGUCAACGCUGCCCAUCGGCCGGAGCUGCUCACCGACCCCGAGACAGCCCUCAGAAAGGCCUUCCAGUGCACCGACGAGAUGUUUCUCUGGAAAGCCAAGCGAGAGCGGCUACAGAGCGGCACCACAGGCGUAUGUGCGCUGAUUGCAGGAAACACCCUGCACGUCGCCUGGCUCGGGGACUCCCAGGUCAUCCUGGUGCAGCAGGGACAGGUGGUGAAGCUGAUGGAGCCACACAAACCGGAGCGACAGCCAGGCUCGCCCUCUGGCUAUCUCCCACAGGAUGAGAAGGAGCGCAUCGAAGCACUGGGCGGCUUUGUGUAUCACAUGGACUGCUGGAGAGUCAAUGGGACACUGGCUGUCUCCAGGGCCAUUGGGGACAUUUUCCAGAAGCCCUAUGUGUCUGGGGAAGCGGAUGCAUCCUCCCACGAACUGACGGGCUCCGAGGACUACCUGCUGCUGGCUUGCGAUGGCUUCUUUGAUGUCAUCUCCCACCAGGAGGUCGCUGACCUGGUCCAGGGCCACCUGGUCAGACAGGAGGGCAGCGGGCUGCAUGUGGCGGAGGAGCUGGUGGCUGCGGCCCGGGAGCGGGGCUCCCACGACAACAUCACGGUCAUGGUAGUUUUCCUCAGAGACCCCCAAGACCUGCUGGAGGGCAGGGCCCAGGGGCCUGGGGACUCCCGCGCAGAGGGGAGAAGCCAGGACUUGCCCUCUCACCUCUCAGAACCAGAGACCAGCAUUCCACAGAGAAGCUAGGAGGUGCAGCCCUCUCCCCACGCUCCCAUCCUGUGAUCUUCCCUCUUAGGACCAGAUGCCUUAGGACCCAACAGGCAACAGUGAGCAGGCAGGUACCACCUGCACAGCAGUCUCCCCGGGGACCCCUGAGCCUCCCAUGCUGCUUGCAUCGGCCCCUCCUGGCAGGUACAGAACUGCAUUGGGCAUUGAGUGUCACAUCCUGCUCAAGACAGUGGGACAGCCAGGGAACUCCAGGGAAGCUUAGGGAAGAGACCUCACCAAAGAGAAGUCCUGGAAGUGCCCAUCGGGCCGGGUAGGGUCAGAGGUCACAGGCUCUGGCCAAAGGCCAAAGACACUGGGUAUGAGCGUGGGACGACAGGAUGUUGCGGAUGGAGACCUGAGGCAGCCUGGGAGCUCCAGAUGUUUUCAAGACAUCCCGGUGUCUGCUCUUCACUGGCCAUGCCUGAGGGUGUCGUAUCUGUUUCUACAGGUGUAUCUGGAGGGUCCUGGCUAGCCAUGUGGUUUUCCACAGAAGAAGAGGGGCCCAGGGAUCUGGUCUGCCGGCUCACCCACAUGCUUCGUAGCAGCUGAACACAUGGGCCCUGGUCUUCAGAUCCCUGCUCCCCUCUUCCCGCCAGGGAGUCAGACACUCGGGACCACAACGUGCAUGUCUUUUGUUUGUGGUCUUUUUCUUCCUCCAGGGAAAGGUCUAAUUCAGAAGCAGUAUUUCAGGUUUUGUCUAUGUUUUGUUGGUGCCAAGAUGACCUGUUGUGUUGUAUAACUUAAGCAGAGCUUAGCAUUUAUUUUAUUCUUUAGACAAAGUUAAGUAUUGAUAUUUUUAGGGAAAUUUUUUUGCAGUAUUACUGAAUUUUUUUGUUUUUCUAGAUCAGGAUUGAAACAAAAUCUCUUCCAGGAGGUGUUACAAGCCAUUCAAGUGCCUUAACCACUGUAGGUGAGGCGAGGACUCUGACAGGGCGACAGGUUCUAAUAGGCAUGUUAAGUUUUCACAAAAGUAGGAUUGACUUUGCGGCAUGAUUUUAACUAGAAUUCUUCCUGAAAGAGUUCUCUUUGCCUCUUUGUGAUGUGCCACUGAUAGUCAGUAGAGUGAAGUGACCCCCGAGAGUGUGAGGGCUGUGCCAGACAGCAGGGCUCUGGGGAUCUGAGGUGCCCAUGGCCCCCUUGGCCACCUUACCCAGCCCGGCCCGGCCACUCAUGUCUCUGGCUGGACCAUAGGCUAGGUUCCCAGCUCCAUGAGGCCAGUCCUUGCUCCUAUUUGACUAGAAUGUUCCAGAAUGUCUUGUGUAUUGGUAGUCAAAUUGGUUUUGUUUGGAAACAUGUUUAAGAGACUCUGGCAAGGCCUGAAGCAGCCUGUGGGUCUCUGGACCUGUUGGGUUCUGUCCCCUGCUCCCAUACUGCAGUCCCUCACCGCAUGAUGGCCUGCUUUGUCCCCAGCUUGACCAGCUGUGAGAGAACCCCACAUUCCCCAUACCCCAAGGAGAUGAAACUCAGAAUUCACAGGGUUUCAGUGACUUCAGUGAGGCAGACCUGAUGUUUGGAAAUUGAGUGUGGCAAAAUUUGAGUCUGGGUGAGGGCUCCAGACAGAGGUCGGGGGUCUUUGGUUGGGUACACCUGGCCUGGUAGAGCCCAGUGUGUCUGAGAAGGGGGGGAAUCUUGAGGGAGGGGGGGUAGUGGGAGGAAGCUUGGCUCAGGCCCCAAGCUUCUGUGAGGUAUUCAGUCACACCUGGCAUCAAGGCCCCAGAACAGUCUGUACACGACACAUACUGACUCUGUCCCACUGCAGUGAGGCGAAGAGUUGCUGCCCUUCCUGAGGUCAGUGGGCUGCCCAGCAGAGUGGGGAGCGUACCUUUGGUUGGGGGCAGGAAGGGGGUCACUGUCUGCAGUUUUUACCACCCCAGUUUUUACCCUUUGCCACCCCCACUCCACAUCAGGGAUGAGAAAGUUGCAGUGAUGCAGUGCACACCUUGUGCAAGGGCUCAUGCUAGCAGGCAUCUUAAACACGUCCUCAGAAUUCAGAGGCACAGCGUGGCCGAUGAUGACCAGGUAUUGCUCAGCUCAACUUGAAGCCCCUGCUGCCUUCCAGUACCCAGAAAUCUCCAUGUCAGCUCCUUGCUGCACAGGGCUGAGGUAGGGCAUGGCCUGUCCUCCCCAGCCAGCCCACUAUCUGUGGCCUGACCUUAAUGGAGGGCACUCUGGGCAUGUUUUUCUCUUUUCUUUGCUUAUUGAUUCAAUAGAUUGUUGCCCAGUGUGGAGCUCCCCAGUAUACUGGCUCCGCCCCAAAGUCUGGGUUGCACCACUUGCUGAUCUGAUUCCUGCCGGUGAGGUCCUAUGAGGCAGUCUCCAGGCUGACCAUUCCCCAAGCCCGGCUGCUGGGAUGGAGGCCUCCCCUGUCCUGGCUGCCUGGAAAAAGUCUGCUGUCAGGAGCCAGCCCUGAGUCCAUGCCUUGGAGCUGAGGAGGCCCUUAUUCCUGCUCAGCUGCAUGGACAAUGGCCUUAGCCUGGCACUGGGCACAGAGGCAGUCUCUUCUGUCUUGACCAGGGUUGAGCUGGGCUCACUCCCUUUCCAAGCCUCAGUCCCAAGACUGAGUCCUUGGCAGGGACACUGGUAAGGAAACCUUGAUCCCCAUCUCAAGUCUCUGCUGAGCCACUGCCCCAUUGCAUGAGCUGGGCAAGUCCUCAGUUUCCCAUCAGGCACAGGGGUUUCCCUGAGUUCUGGAGGUUCUGGGGAGAGCUGGCUGCAUCCUGGGGAGAUGCUGCCGGUGCUGAGGCCCUCCCCCACUGCCAGCAGGAAGGGUGAUUAAGUAUUAUUAGUUUCUAUUCUUAAAUUAAGUGGGUUGGAAAGGAAUGGAGGUACAGAUGCCAGCGCCUUAUAUGGAACGUGAAAACUGGAGGAAUCCGGCCCUGUGUUCACAGGUAGGGCUGUUCCCAAGCCAGCGGUGGUGGAAGAAGCUCAGGUGUGAGGCAGGAGAGCAGGUGUGGGAGAGCAGAACUGGCCUCUCCCGGCUGCCUGUUAGUUUUCCAGUGCUCUGGCUUCCCAGAAGUCUCCCCCAUCCCGCCUGUCCCCAUCCAAGACUAGGCAGUGGGUGGUCAGAAACCCGGGGUCCCCGUCUCAAGUCUCAGCUGGGCUACUGCCCCAUUGCAUGAGCUGGGCAAGUCCAAGUGCAUCUCUCAGCCUCGGUUUCCCUUCAGGCACAGGAGUUGCCCUGAGUUCUGGAGGUUCUGGGGAGAGCUGUAUGCUCUUGGGGAAGGCAACACGGAGAAGCAUGGCUGCAGCCUCCCUCCCUCUCUCCUCCCAGGCCAGCACAGCCCUGCCACCCCCGGCCCACAGUGCCCGCAGUGCCAUUUCUGGUAUGGGUGGCUGGCUGCCUCAGCAGUAUUACUAGAAGUGGGGGCGCAACACAGACCACGCCAAGGUCUGAGCUCAACAGAACCCAGUUGGAGCUGUACAAAGUAAACUGUGUUUUGGGUUGACCCUGCCUGUCGCCCUGAGGCCAGCCACAGAAGGCCUCUGCUUCUCAUCAAGGUUCUACAGCUUUGCCAAAUGCACAGAGCUUUGCCUUUUACACACCAUGCCCACCUUGCCAAGGAUUUACCUGUGCCCCUAUUGAUGGGGUUCCUGGGAAUUGUGCUCUUUGCAAGGGGGAGUCUUGUUCCAAGGCAAGAUGACUGUUUCCCCGUCUUUAAGGACAAGUCCCAACAUGAGGGGACCAGAAGGGUGGUCUCCCGGGGACCUCUGUGCUUAUGUGUCAAUAAACCACAAAUUCUAAAAUUCUGUUGCCAUGUCCUGAGUCCGGCCUUCUUUUGCCUCUGGACACCUAGUGUCU